AUGCAUACCGGGAGUGGGUGCUCAAUUUGGAAAAGCGAGGACGCAAGGGCAAAUGGUCUGGAUUGCUGCAACUAUGAUCAAAUUAUGAUAUCGGAAUCGUAUGUGGUGGAGCGUUACGAUAGGAAAUUGAGAUUGAAGUAUUUAGAUGGUACUGAAAAAUCGCCAAGUCGAAGACGAAAGACAGAUGUAUUGCUGAACGGGGAGGAAAAGGAUGGGAAUUGUAAGACGGCGAUAUGCCGAGCACGAGAAAAUAGGAUGUGUGGAAGCAAGGAAGUGGCCCGAAAGUAUAGUAGUAUGACAGGCACAGAAUGGAUGAUGAGACUUGCAAAGGGUUUGACGGUAGCUUGGGAUACCAAGAGUGUUACUGUACAGUGUAAUCGAAUUGCCACGGAAUCGAUUGGAUGUGAAGUGAUUCUCCAGAGGUGCUUCAGACUUAAAGGUGGCUCAAAGAUGGCCAGGGCGUCUUGA